UUAAAAUGGCGCGAAUGAACCGCCCAGCUCCUGUGGAAAUCACUUACAAGAAUAUGAGAUUCCUUAUCACUCACAAUCCAACCAAUGCAACCUUAAACAAGUUCAUAGAGGAACUUAAGAAGUAUGGAGUUACUACAGUAGUAAGAGUAUGUGAAGCUACUUAUGACACUGCUCUGGUAGAAAAAGAAGGCAUACAGGUUUUGGAUUGGCCCUUUGAUGAUGGAGCACCACCAUCUGUCCAGAUUGUUGAUGAUUGGCUAAACCUUCUGAAAGUUAAAUUCCGUGAAGAGCCUGGCUGUUGCAUUGCUGUACACUGUGUUGCUGGUCUUGGAAGAGCACCUGUACUGGUUGCCCUUGCACUCAUAGAAUGUGGAAUGAAGUAUGAAGAUGCAGUGCAGUUCAUAAGACAGAAGCGACGUGGAGCCUUUAACAGCAAGCAGCUUCUCUAUUUGGAGAAAUAUCGUCCCAAAAUGCGCCUGCGUUUUAAAGAUUCAAAUGGUCAUCGUAACAACUGUUGUAUUCAGUAAAAACUGAGCUGCCUGUAUUGCUGCUUUGGAAGUAGAAGACUAAAACUAGAAUUGGGCAUCUUACUUGGAAAACUACAUGUAUGUCUAACUAGGUUACAUGAAGCUUCUAUAGGAGUAGGCCACAGUGUUGGCAGGAGAGCAACUUUGUUUAGAUGAAGAUGAUGAUCUUUGUAGAGAACAAGAAAUGUACAUGGCCUUUAAUAUGUCUUCUUUGUAAUUUGUAUCAUUAAACUAUCCUUAAUCAUGUAGUUCAGUUCUUUUCAUUGAAGUCCCAGUAGUCAAAUCUACCACAACAUGAGUAGAGAUUAGGUGCCAAAAGCCCAGCACACCAUUACUGUAUACCACAGUGUAGUUCCCUAGUAACUACAGCUAUCUGGACCUUUGCCCUCCUCUCAAUUGUCUUCUGGUUUUUGUGGAUAGGGCUUCAUAGAACAAUCUCCCUAUUCACUAUGUUUUGUCUCCCACAAUCGCACUAGAAUGAGCAUCAGGAUUUGCACACAAUUUACUGACUUAGUCACUUUCGGUAUCUAAACUUUUGUUAUUAACCCUCUUCAUUCACAUACAUUCUCUGGUUACUCAUAGAAAAUAAUCCUUCACGCUGUACAGAAGCACACAAGUCUUUAAUGUCUACAGACAAAAAGCCUUACAGUUAAAUAGAUAUUGGCACGUAAUGUGCAACUUUAGCAGAGAGCCUGUAAAAGGAUGGGAGAGGGACUAAUUAAUAUUUCUAGUAAAAUGUUGCCUUUUGUCUUGUGCAGGAAGUAUAGAAUAUGCCCUUUACUUUAGUAAUUAUUUUUUUAAUGUAGAAAUGCUUUAUUGUAGCUAAAGAUUCUUAAUCAUAAAAUUUCUGAAGACCUUGUAAUUUCUUUUAUCGUACUUAUUGGAAGUUGUUUACCAACUAUUGCUUUGUUGGAAGUGAUUUUGUUUUUUCCUUGAGUUUCUGCCUUGAAUCUGGCAGACCUCUGUAAUAUUUUGUAUGCCUUUUGAGCUGCGUAACUUAAUAUUUGGAUACUUGAUAAUUUGUUAUGUAAUUGAUAAAAAUGGUGGUGUGUAUUAAUGUUCAACCAUAUAUUUAUACUGUCUUGGGAAUGUGUGGUUAUAGUACUGUGGGAGAAAUAAUUUGCCAGUGUUCACCAGCUUGUAAAAUCUAGUGCGAGAGCUCAAACAUCUAAAUAAACUCAAAGCUGCAUUGCA